AAAUCAGAGAGAGGAAGAGAGAGAACAGCUUUUGCUGAAAGCAGCUUUGAUCAGCCACUCUUGUUUUAAUUAACAAUGCGAAGCAGACGAUCACUUUGGAUACAAACUUUACUGCUCACUUCUCUUCCUAUAUGGGGAACACUUUGGGCUUCCACGUCUCCCAGUAACCCACCGGCUCCUGAACUCCUAAUUCGUUCACGAUCCGGGAACUCUGUGGUCCUGGUUUGCCGGGCCUCCGAAGGCCAUCUCGGGAUACUCUUCAGACUGUUUAGAUUCAGACAAGAGGUGGACUCACUGGAGCGAUCUUCCACUAAAGAGGUCCUGUUUACUGUCCAACUCAAUGCAACAAAACCCGAACUUUUUUGCUGUUUGUACAAGAACCAGCAAGGCCUGUACAGUGCUGUCAGUCCAUAUUUAACCAUACAACAUCAACCAAAUGUCAUCCCCACUCUGGCUGUACCCACAUUGCCACCUCCAGUCUUAUCAGUGGAGCCUCGCAAUGGGAUGGUUGAACGUGGCGACAUAGUGUACUUCAGGUGUUCUGUCCCUGCUCUUCAGUCUGACUUAAAACCAACGUCCUUCAUUUUGCUUAAGGCAUCUUCAGGGGAAGAGUCAAUGACCAGUCAACAUUAUGAUGUCCAAGUAUCAAACUUGGAAUCCCAACCAGGAGUGUUCAGUGUAGGGCCAGUUACAAAGGGAGAGGACGGCGAGUAUGCCUGCUUGUACCACAUGAGAAGAGGGGAGAACAUUAUCAAUUCAACUGUCAGCAACAACAUUCACAUCCACGUGAAAGAUGCUCUGCCUGUACCAACCCUAGUUCUCCAACAACACACACAAGUGUGGCAUAUGGUCUGUAGGGGCUCAGCUGCGUACCCCGGAGCAGUGUUCUCCUUGUACCUACUGGACAGCAAACUUCCUGUAGCCAGUCACCAUUUACAGGUCACUAGCCAUGAGACCAUCUUCCCACUGCCAGUUCAGGACACUCUUGUGGCCCUGUACCAAUGCCAGUACAGCAUCUUCUUGGGAGGACAGUGGACCAAUUCUGAACGCAGUCAGCCUUUGGCUGUUUCCAAAGUUCUUCCUCCUCCACCACAAAAAGGUCUGUAUCCUAUUUGUGCAGAUAUAUCAGGCGUAGAUUGGCCUCUUAUACUUGGCUCCCUUUCUGCUGUGGUGCUCUUUCUCUGCUCGCUGGCCCUACUGGUGGUGGUAGUUCACAAAAAAGUGAAAGUCAAAGCUGAUCAACAGAAGAAAAGGCUGGAGGCAAAGUUUUGGACUCAAGUUCAUGCGAAGGACCAUGUUGUUGACUUCACCCUCAGGCGUACCAGUGUCACCUCCCAGGGAUGGGCUAGCGGGGACAUGGGCACAGACACCUCCUGCAGAUCCCCAUCAUGGAACUCCCACUCUACAUUCACAAACCCCAUCCCUUAGAAUUUUCUCUCUCUCCAUAUAUUUAUACUUUAUUGUCGUGUGUUUGUGAAACAUCAGUUAGCUUUAAACGCAACGGGACAGGAAAAGCAAUUUCCUUUUUUCCAAUAUCCUGUUUCAUGUGGAGAGGCACACUUGCACAAUUAGACAGGAUGUGAUGUUUACUUUAUUUACCUGCCACUGAGCCAUUACGACUGAAUAAAAUCUGCCAACUGUA